CUAUCGAUCCACUGCUAAAAUAGCAAACUGUGCUUGGAUACUUAUCACGCUUUUGGGCAUAGUUGGCAGCCAGCAUAAAGGACCGUGCGAUCGGAAAAAUGUCAUGGCUUCGGCUGGUGUCUAUAAUGUUCUGUGCGAUCGUGCUAGUGAAGGCCCGAGAAACCUGGCAAAAACCGGGAUGCCAUAAAGUGGGCCAUACACGGAAGAUAAGCAUUCCGGAUUGUGUCGAGUUUACCAUCACCACCAAUGCCUGUCGAGGAUUUUGCGAAUCGUUUGCCGUACCGUCGGCGCCGUUUGCCCUCGUUGGUCACAAACCGCCACAACCGGUCACAUCUGUGGGACAGUGCUGUAACAUAAUGGAAACGGAGGAUGUGCAGGUGCGAGUGUUGUGCGUUAACGGCAUUAGGAAUUUAACGUUCAAAUCAGCCACGAAUUGUUCCUGUUACCACUGCAAAAAGGAUUGAUUAGAGCUCGAGCGGACCAGUGAGCCCGCAAGUUUAAAUUUUCUAACGAUGUGAAACGGUAACAUAAUUUAAUCGUUUAUUUACCUCUGAGCCACUUGUUUGAAGCCAUGAAACAGUUCUGCAUCUUAUCACUGAUCUAUGCAAAAGUGUACAAAACGUUAUAUUCUACCCUAUAUGCUAUGCUUGAGAAAUAUAUAUUCAAUGGAA